AUGACUUUUCACAACAACUGUGACAACUGUUUGGUUUCUGCUGGCUGGUUCGUUCGUUCGUUUUUCAGUAGAAAGUGGUGUUUUCGUGCAAAUAUUUGUGAAAUAAUUGUAAAUAAAAAAUCUGUUUUGUACUAUUGCCAUAUAUAGUCAAAUUAUUUAACCGUGAAAGUGUUUUAUGGAUAAAUUUUGGCGUAGAAGAAGUGAUCAAGCCCGUGAAGGGUAACUCAAAAUGGUAGUGGAAGCAGAUCCCAUCGCUGGGAAACGCACAGAAGACCGGGUGCACGGCGCAUCACUGCGGCCGCGGGCGGGCGGUGACGUCAUCUCCCCCGACCGUGCGGGCAGUACCCUGGACUUGGCCAUGCAGUAUUCCGCACCCUCCAACCUGGUUCUAACACCAGCGCCUGAAUGUCGAAAGCUGUCACGGGGCAUCUCCCGCGCUACAGACAACGAAGGCCUAGUUUGGGCCCUAAGAAGUAAUACGGAGCCCGAACAUAGCACACUCAACUCCGAACACAUACUGUUGCUGCCCGACAUCUCAGUCUACCCACCGGACUUCAGAACAUUCAUCGAAAAAGAUCUACUGGAGACGGCGACUCUGGUGACCCUAGAGUCCGCCGGUAUAUUGAACUGGUGGCGUAAUGGGGGCAUUCCUGGGGCUCCGAGAUUGCUGCCAUUGGCGACCUCUGGCGACGGCAAUUGCUUACCUCAUGCCGCAUCUUUGGCUGCGUACGGCUUCCACGAUAGAUUGCUUGCGCUCAGAACUAAAGUGCAGGCUCUGUUAUCAGGGGAAGGCGGAGAUGCUCUCACAAGUGCGAUAAAGCGCCGAUGGCGGUGGUCCGAAAGCCUUAGCCUGCGCUCAGCGGGUCUGACGCCCUCCGAGGCAGAAUGGGCGCGGGAAUGGGCCGACGCCGUCCGUGCCGCCAGCGCCGAGCCCCGGCCCGCCGCCCCCGCGCCCCCCGCCACUGCUGCGCCACACUACGCCGGUCUGGAGCAGCUGCACGUGCAGGCGCUGGCGCUGGUCAUGCGCCGCCCCGUCAUAGUGUUCGCGGACCGCGCGUUGCGGGACUUCCGCGGCGAUCCCAUAGCCCCCAUUCCGUUCGGUGGCAUCUACUUACCACUGGAACUAGAACCAGAGACUUGCAGCAAAACGCCCAUUUUGUUAGCUUACGACGCCGGCCACUUUUCCGCGCUGGUCCCGUGUGAACCACUACCUACUGACGGGGCGAGAGUUCCCUUGCAAGACCGCACCGGGGCGCCACUGCCUGUCAGAUUCAACGUCGACCCCGGCGAAGACUACCGCUGGGACGUGGAGCCCGAUCAGAAGACCAUAAACAACUUACUUCCUGACGAGUACCAGCGUUCCGCCAUGUUGGCAGCCUACUUAGACUUAGAGAACGUCGAAUGUCUAACCCAAAGCCAUCCGCCUGAAGAAUUAAGAAGAUCUUUAGAUGCCCUAUCAACAAAGAGUACCAAGCAAAUGAAUUCUGUUGCUAAACAAUUCGGAAGUAUCGGGAGAUCCAUGAGUUCCAAACUAAAGAGUUUUGGUUCCAUGGCGAAGUUGACGGGGAAAGGUAGUGGUAGUCAGAGUAAUCCAGAAGAAGAAGUGCCCAGAAGACAGUCCACUUGUUCUGUGCUCUGCUGUAGAGUGCUUGCGGCGAGAGCGCCCGUCCAAGAGGAGAUGGUCAAGAAUUACCUGAACGAAGCUUGGAUGGGUUACACGGCGGAAAAGAACCGCAAAGAGUGCGGCACGGCGCCGCCUCAGCCGCGGUACGGCACGGGGCGCUCGCAGUUCUACGCGGAGGCGUCACGCGGCGCGCACGAGGCCGCGCGCACACUGGCCGGCCGCUCCGCGCGACCCGCGCCCGACCGCACGCUGUACCUGUGCCGAUCGACUUUCUACGACGACCGCCCCCCAUCGCCGAAGCCUUGUCGCGCUCCCCUCUGCAUGUACUACGGCAGUCCAGAGAACAACGAUUACUGCUCGAGGUGCGCAAGACUUCAAUAAUAUCCCACCAACAAAAAUGCUAAAACUUUAAAACAUCACAAAGGAACGAAAGGUUUAACAUGAACAAUAUAAGUGUUUAUGUGAACUGGUUAAGGCAACACCUAGAACCAACAAAAAUGAUAUUUUUUUAGAAAUACAUCAAUAAAGAGUUUAAGGUCCACUUGCAGUAAUUUUGCUAAAUCUCAAUUAAACUACAACUAGAUUUAGCCUAACAUACAUUGAUGUCAAUUUGACAUUUUUCUAUGGGAUAAGAUAAGGCUAGAUUUAGUUGAAUUGAGAUUUAACAAAUUUGCUGCGAGCGGGCCUAAGUGGUGCAAUAGAAACUGUAUCUGAAACUCACAGAUGCUAAGCUAGGUAAGACAAAAUUCAACUCUGAAUAAACGUAAAUACAGGUGGCGGUAAACUUUAAGAGCAAAACUACAGACAAAUAAAUUUGCGCAGUAGACAUUUUUAUAUGCAAAGCUGAUACUGCCCAGGCUUCCUUGUCUAUGGUCGUUGCUCAUGAAGUUUGCCGCUUAAGUAACAUCAAUAAACGAUAACCUUUAAAAAAUGUGAUGAAAAUAACUAACAGUAGAAAGUUUAAAAGGGGCUCAGUUUACUUUAGAACCAACAGACGCUAAGCUAAAGACUCGCUUUUAAACAUAAAGGUAUAGUUACAUUAGAUACUAAAUGGGUCUAUAAAGAGAUUCUGAAAGUUUGGGAAUCAAUAGGCGAUCCAUCUUCAAAUAUACUUAAGAAAAAAAUAUUUUUCGAUAAAAUCGGGAUAGUUGGUCACCCUACUUGUUAGGCGUCAAUCCAUAGGGAUUAAAUAAUUAUGUUUACUGUGCUAAUAAUGUAUGUAUGUAUGCAUCCCUUCAGAUAGAUCUCAAAUAAAUAAUUUAAAAUUAUAUUAUAUUGUCAUAAAAUGUGUACUUCCAUGCACUGCUGCAGCAAAAUUACAAGCAAAUGUUGUAAUAUAUUAGAUAUUUUAUCUGGUAAACGGCAGUUCUGCUUAUAAUAUAAUUAUCAAACUGUAUAACUUUUUCUAAGUGACGAUAUUUACAUAAUCAAAAUAUGUACUUUACUUUUGAUCUUUGUUCAUUAGUCUUCAGGCAAAAUAUGCUUUGUAUUUUUAGUACUUUACAUGGUAAAUUAUAUUAUUGUCGUUUUUAUAUGAAAAUAUACUUCCGGACACAUCUAUCGGCCCACUAAGUGUUAUAAGUUUAAACGGUCUGUAGCAAAAUAUACGUUUAUGUUUGAGCAAAAAUUAAAAAAAAACGAGCUAGCCUAACAGUAGUUGCGUAUGAUGUGUAACAUUUGAAACCUCACCUUAUAUUAGUAAAAAUAGAAAUAAAACCUACUACAAAAGGAAUAAGUCAUUGGAACAUUAAAAAAUAUUGUUAUUAUUAAUUAAAAAUUCUUAAAUCAAAUCAAAUAGCGCGCGCUUUCGCGACUUCUUGUUACGCACUUCUGUCCCAUUUCACGAAAUCACUCCCACAUAUUGCAGGAAAGCGAGAGGAAAGAUGUUAUACAUAAAAAAAAACACGAAAAGAUGGUUGGUUAAUAAAUAAUUCAGCUUCAAAACUGCGUAAGUAAUAACUUUUUGCUCUAUGUAACAUUUAUUUUUAGCUGGGGACCGUCAAGAUGUGUCCGGAAAUGUAUAAUUGUAGUUGAACCGUCGGGUUAUGUUUAACAGUCUGAUGUUUGAUUUGUUUUUUAUAUGAUAACGUACCUUUUAUUAUAUUAUUAGGUUUUAUAAAAAUCCUUUCGUUUUGAUAUGCGCUAUAAGUAGUUUAUCACUAUGACGAUUGUGAUGAUUUAAUAUAUUAAUUUGUAAAAUAAACAAUAUUUCGAAUAUGGAGUUCAAAUUGUUAAUUUUAUUAGAGUCAGGCUAUUACGUUUUAAAAAAAUAACACUAACAAAUCAUCUCUUUCUAAAGCUAACUAACAUUGUUUGUUACUUGAUUGAAUUUUUACCAUUAAUAGUAUAUAAGUUAUUUGUUAUUUAGUUCAUAGAAUCAAGUAAGUAUUAACUUGUCGAGCAUAAUAAUUCCAAUUCGAGCUAAGUACAUUAUCACAACAGACGUCUUCUGAUUUAUUGAUUAAUGUAUUUGUGAUUAUAAACAAGUGCCAAAUGUGGCUUCUUAUUUAAUUAAUGUAUGGGGUGGGUACACGUGUGCAACUAAUGUGUUCAAAAUUCAGUGCCAGAAUGUAAAUGUGGGGUAAUUUUGGACAAUACAGGCAACAUUGACACUACAUUUCACACGUUUUUGUACAUUAUAAAUAUUUUGAAAUGGUUCAUUUAGAAAAUUAUGUAGCAAAACGUUGUAGUUAUAUUCCCUUAAAAUUUGUGCUAGCCAGUGAUUGUUUUUUUUUCUGUGAAAGUGGGAGUGGAUGGCUGAUCACUAUACACGUAUAUAUAUAUAUAUAUAUAUAUGGUAUAUUGCCAAAGACGCUCGGUGGUAACAUAUUUAUUGGUAGGUUGCCUACUCUUAUUUUCAUUGAUAACAGAAGAGAAUGUCGGUCAUUGGUGCCACCACCUUAGUGCAAAAUCAUAUGAGUUCAGAAGUAAUUUACAAAUGUUAGUUUUUCCCAUAAUCAUCUACCUCAUUUAAAAGCAGCAGCAACAUAAAGGUAUGAUAAAGAAGAACUGUAUUGAUAUUGGAGAUAUAUGAGUAUAUUGAAUUUUGGACUCAGGGUAUAAGCUAUUACAUAUUAUAAUCAAAUGCACUAUAUUUUUUCUAUGGUAACUCAAAAUUAUAGAUAUUGUUCACAAAUUUUACUCAUUACAUACGUUUCUAUUGUAAAGUGAUAAUAAUUACGAGCUUGGAGUGUAAUCUCCGUCCUUAUUUUGCUCGAUUCAAAAAAUAAUAACAUAGGCAUUAAAAAUUGAUCUUCUAGUCUAAAAUGGUAUGUCGUAUUCAUUUACUUUUCAUAGACUUACUUAUAUAAAUUAAGCCGUAUUACCGUUAAAUUACUCUUACUAGUGCUGUACUUAAAUAUUUAACUAAAUCGUUGACUUAAAUAGAUUAUAUAACUGUUUUGAGCUUAAAAAAAUCAUCUUCCUGUGAAUGAAAAGUAAAUGAUAUUAGUCGCCAGGAACCAUCAUGUAUUUUUAGAACAUUAAAAGUUAUUCGAGUGAUGUUGUAGGCUAAGUGAAUAGUGAAAGUAUUAAGUACAUGUUAAUAUGGUAUGAAUACAUAUUUUGAAUGUUUGUUCCCCACCUGAGGUGUUUGUAUUGACCUUUGAUUAUUUACUCCUAGAGCGUGGCAGCGCAGAUGACAUUGAAAAAAAUAUUAGCCAACAGCUAGACUCUAAUUCGUUUCCCGUCACUUAGUAUUCAAUGUAACGCUGAGCGAGACGCACGUCAUUUACAGAGUUUCGUGUUAAAAUUAUUGCUUUGAAAUGCCUAGAUACGCAAUAAAAGUUUGCCGAAAUUAAAAAACAAAGUCACUUACACCGACUUAAGUAACUCAUUAUUCACCUUUAAACAAUAAAACUAUAUCAUCAUAUUUAUUAAAAAAAUUACGACUCCAUCUUGACAUUUUCAAAGUGAUGUCAGUGUCUCAUUAUAAAAUUCCCCAAAAAGUACAAAAGUUUUUUUUAUAUCAAUAUAAAUUUAUUGUCUUGAAAACUGAAAGUAAUAUCACUUUAUUUAAUCGAUUUUUAGAAAAAUUUAAAAAAGAGCUUCAGAUUCUCGUACCCAUUGGCAUACUAUAAAACUAAGACUGAGUAUUUUUACCGAUGAAACGGGACGAGUGAGAGAUAUAGAAUAGAAACCUUUUUUUUCUAAUAGGACGACCAUAACUUAUUUUAAAUAAAGUUAAAAGUACACUACCUUUAGUGUUGAUAAUGUCACUUGUGAAAGUUGUGGAGUUCAAAAACUCACCUGUUUCAUCUAUCCAUAUCCAAUUUCUACAUAACUAACAUGACGAAAAAGAUUUGUUGUUCACCUAUCUAUUAUUUCAUUUUAUUGUUUCAUAGGACUAUUCAAAGUGGUUCAUAAUCCACACUAAAUAUUAAACCGAUUAUUCAAGGUCAAGGUAAAUUUUCAGUAAUGUAAUUUUUAAUAGUACUCGAUUUUGUUUAUAUUCUAUGACCAUGUUCGUACCACACUUCAUUUUUAAUUGUAAGAACUAAAGUAGUUAACAAUAGAUAAAAGUCGCGUCUUCACCCCUGAAAUUGGAAAUUAUAACUUCAAGGCAGCCUAACGGAUUUUCAAGCAGUUUUCCACUGCUACAUAAUUUCAAAUACAAAUGAAUUUAUUUUUGACUAACUGUCGAAAUAUGCAAAGGGAGGUUUAAGCCGUUGGAGGUUGCUCUGUUUUUUUGUUUACAAAGUCCUGUAUUUCCCGACUACCUAACGAUCCCAUAAUGAAAAGUCGGUGGGUGGACGUCAUAAUAAAAAGUUGUGGAGAAGAUUUCUGGCAACCAGCAAAAACUACGGUUAUGUGCUCAGAUCAUUUUAAUGAAAUAAUUAAUUAAAAUAAUCGUAACACAAAAGUUUUUGCGUCACAGAGGUAUGUAUUGUAUAAAAUAUCAAAUUUUAAAGAUAAAUAAUAUUAAACUACUAAAUUCAAGGCCUUAAACAUCAUAACAUGACAAAUAGGUCCAUUUUGUUUGUUACUAUAUUAUCAUGGCUAUUAUUAUUUUAGUAAAACUAAAUAAAAAACAUUGUGUGUGUCAGCUCCGACGCACGACUGGAGUUAACUCCUUAAGUUCGAUAGUCUAACCAGACGCAAAAAGAGUUUAUUUAACUUAAAAAAAGAUUGAUACUGUAUGAAAGGGUAAAUUAACAAAUUAAUGAAAAUAAUAUACAUAUAUAAAUAUGUAUAUAUUUAUUCAUUUCAUAUACAUUUAUUAUAACUAAUCGACGAAAAUUUUACAUUAAACUUUUUACAAUAGUCAAUUUCAGAUGUGCGUAAAUAUAUCAUUAGGAAUGUUGAUAAAUUAUGUAAUUAAUAUUAUCAGACUAUUAUCAUUUUUUUUAAUAUUAAUUAAAUCAACAUUGCAUUAUUAAUUACAGUGACAAGUGGUUUAUGGUAACUAAAAUAAGACACAUGGACGUUCGUAGAUACGUGGUUCACGAAUCUUGAAAAUACCGCAUCAAUGGUUGUACCAUACCUCGUUGUCUCCAGUGCUCUAUCAGAAACAUUAUCUAAAUUCAGUUCAGAUUUAAAAAAAAAAAUAAUGUCAAUCCGUCAUCUUUGUUUGUCAAAGUUGUGCGACAUAGGAUGCGCACCAAAAACGUAACGAGGUCAUUCAUCGAUAGAUUUUACUCCUCACAUUUUUCUCAUACCGGGCCCCUUAUAUGUAUAUGCAAAUCGAUUCUUAAGGAGUAAAUUCCAAAAAUUGUAACUAAUAUUUUUUAUUUAAAAUAUCCCAGUAUAAAUUUAUGCGUUUUACAGAUGUUACAACGUCUACGAUUUUUAAUUAUGUGAAUAAUAAACUAAUAUUGAUUUGAUUAAGAUUACCCACUUUUUGGGGAAUGUGGCCUAUCCUGGUAACUUACGCAUGCGCACCGAGACUAAAAUAAUGACAUAAUCGUUUCGUUGACAUUUCACGAGUGUUACAAGAUUCGUGUGUUUUGGUUUGCACAUCACGCAAACAAAUACAUAAAACCUGGUCUGUUUUUUAUCGCAGUGUUUACUAGGUGACACUCUAUCUAGAGAGUAAAUAAUCAAAGGUAUUGACGUGGCAUCUGUUUUGUUAGUUAUGUAUAAUGUUUAUAAUGUUAUUUACUAACUGCUUUGUAACAUUUCAAUGACAACAUGAAAAAGAUCUGUACUAAAGUGAGAAAACAUGACAAAUAUUUAAAGAAAUUUAAGACGUUGCAACUAUAAUUGCCGCACUCAGAAACGUCAAUUAAAUUCAAUGCUUUUCAAAAUAAAAUGGUGUGUUGUAAUCUUCUUAAUAUCUUUUGCUUUCCCUAAUUUCCUUUAAUCUUGUAGGAUACUAGAAGCCUACAAGAAAAGAAAAUUAGAUACUUAUUAUUAUUAUUUUUAUUAUUAUGCAACUUUCGCAGUGGUCGGUCAUUGGAUAGGUGACCAAAAAUUUACUAUCUCGAGCUCCGUGCUUCGGAAGGCACUUUAAGCCGUUGGUCCCGGCUGCAUCUGCAGUCGUUAGCACCUACCAAUGCGCACUGGGCCCGCGUGGUGGGUCAUGACCCAAUCUCCCUAUUCCAUCCAUAAGGAAAGCCUGUGCCCCAGCAGUGGGACAUUAAUAGGCUGGAGAUGUGAUUGCUGAUAAGUUGACACGGUUUCGAAUGUCGAUGGCUGGUGUUUUUUCUAACACAUUAAAUAUUUUUUAAAACUUUCCUAUUGUUCUACAUCAAUUAUUUAAAAUUGUACAUAGUUUAACAAGCCUUUAAUAAUUAUGUGAAUUUAAAAACGUGGCAAAGUCAAUUAAGUACAACUAGAAAACAUUUGAUUCUCAAAGUGGACGGUAGACCAAACAAGUUUGAGAACCUCUGCCUUAAGACUGUCCCAAAGAAAAUGACGAACUUUAAUCAAUCCAUAAGGUUAAUUGACGUUUCUGAAUGCUGUCGAAAAUAUAUAAUAAUUAGGUAUAUAAUAACUAGUACAUAAAUUGUAAAGCAGAGAAUAAAGAUAAUAUUUUUUCAUAUAAUGUAACAUUAUAGAGUCAGCAUAUCAUGUUUUUGUAGAUAUAUAAACGGUUUUUGAAGCUAU